CCGGGUCCUGGGCAAGCGGGCGCCUUGCGCGUGUCCUGCGGCCGAGCUGCUAAUAAAGUUGCAGCGCGGGGAAGCGCAGCGACGGCGCCAGAAGAGCGCGCCCAGCCGGCCCGCGAGACUUGAACCAAUGAAAGAAGCAUAUGGCACUUGUGAAGAUAAAUGUCACUCCUCCUYCUUUAAUUGGACCUUCUGCUUAGGACCUGUAUGUGACUUUUCACCUGUGAUCUGUUCUUUCAGUAGCUACUGACUUUAAUUACAGGAAGGUCUCUAAAGAUUUGUAUCAAAUGAUGUCAAUGGCCAGCUUGUGUUCUUUUACUAGUCCAGCAGUGAAGCGAUUGUUGGGCUGGAAACAAGGUGAUGAGGAGGAAAAAUGGGCAGAAAAGGCAGUCAAUGUUUUGGUGAAAAAAAUGAAAAAGAAAAAAGGUGCCAUGGAAGAACUGGAGAAAGCCUUGAGCAGUCCAGGACAGCCGAGCAAAUGUGUCACUAUUCCCAGAUCUUUAGAUGGACGCCUACAGGUUUCUCACAGGAAGGGCUUACCCCAUGUUAUAUAUUGUCUUGUUUGGCGCUGUCCUGAUUUGCAGAGUCAAUAUGAGCUAAAGCCAUUGGAUAUUUGUGAAUUUCCUUUUGGAUCUAAGCAAAAAGAAGUUUGUAUCAACCCUUACCAUUAUAARAGAGUGGAGAGUCCAGUCUUACCUCCAGUGUUAGUGCCUCGUCAUAAUGAAUUCAAUCCACAACACAGUCUUCUGGUUCAGUUUAGGAACCUGAGCCACAAUGAACCGCAUAUGCCACAAAAUGCCACAUUUCCAGAUUCUUUCCAUCAGCCCAACAACACUCCUUUUCCCUUAUCUCCAAAUAGCCCCUAUCCCCCUUCCCCUGCUAGCAGUACAUAUCCUAACUCCCCAGCAAGUUCUGGACCAGGAAGUCCAUUUCAACUCCCAGCUGAUACACCUCCUCCUGCCUAUAUGCCACCUGAUGAACAGAUGGGCCAAGAUAAUUCCCAGCCUAUGGAUACAAGCAAUAAUAUGAUUCCUCAGAUUAUGCCCAGUAUAUCCAGCAGAGAUGUUCAGCCUGUUGCCUAUGAAGAACCCAAACAUUGGUGUUCAAUUGUUUACUACGAAUUAAACAACCGCGUUGGGGAAGCUUUUCAUGCAUCUUCUACUAGUGUGUUAGUAGAUGGAUUCACAGACCCUUCAAAUAACAAAAGUAGAUUCUGCUUGGGGUUGUUGUCAAAUGUUAAUCGUAAUUCAACAAUUGAAAAUACUAGACGUCAUAUUGGAAAAGGUGUUCAUCUGUAUUAUGUUGGCAGGGAGGUGUAUGCAGAGUGUCUCAGUGACAACAGAAUAUUUGUACAGAGUAGGAACUGCAACUUUCAUCAUGGUUUUCAUCCCACCACUGUCUGUAAGAUUCCCAGCAGCUGCAGCCUCAAAAUUUUUAAUAAUCAGGAAUUUGCUCAGCUUCUGGCUCAGUCUGUCAAUCAUGGGUUUGAGGCAGUCUAUGAGCUCAYAAAAAUGUGCACCAUUCGAAUGAGUUUUGUUAAGGGCUGGGGAGCAGAAUAUCAGGAUGUUACCAGCUCCCCAUAUUGGAUUGAGAUUCAUUUCCAUGGGCCUCUUCAGUGGCUGGAUAAAGUCCUUACUCAGAUGGGAUCUCCUUUAAAUCCCAUAUCUUCCGUUUCAUAGUGCAGAAAUAUUUGUUUCAAUUGUUAUUACUGGACUUAUUUUAAUUUUAGAGAAACUUCCAGUACAAAUACUGUGAGCUGACAUGGAAAAACAGAUUUUAUAGCUUUUUUUUUCUACAUAAUUGUGACCAACACAUUUGUAUUUUGUGAUGAAUCUGCAUUUGUUUGUAUUCAUGUUCUUGUGAUUAACUCUCAAAGGUAUUGUAAAAGAUGUGGACUAAGUAUUAUGCCCCUGUUCAGAAUUUUGGUGUUGAUUUUAAACUGGAACAUGCUUUAGUUUAUCAUCCCAACAGGUUUUUUAUUUGUUAAUUUUUAAAAAAUAUGCAUCACAUGAUGAAAAAUUAUAGUAUAAGAGGUUAUAAAUAGAGAAAAAUAGUCUUCCUUCUGUUGAUUUUCCAGAAACUAUACUUCUAACAAUUUCUUUGUCCCACCAACUUUAAAAAAGCUUAACACAUAGUUUUUAAAAGCCUAUGGUAGGGGCUUAAAAGAAACUCUAAAAUAAUCUUUUUAUUUGAUGGAACACUAUGCACUGCUCUAACAAGUAGUGUUCAGUAAAAGCGAAGUGAGUUUUCUAGAUGACAUAAAAUUUACAUUUAUAUAGCUAAAUGUUUGUCAGUGUAAUGUGACUUCAUGCUCAAUAUCUUUUGUAAAACAUUUCCUUUUUAAAAAAAAAAUUGCCAAGUAAUUGAUCUCUAGUAUAUGUCAUUUACUCAAAAUCUUGUCAUAAAUACUACUUUUUAGCUAGUGACAGUGCAUGCACGGCCUUGUUCAGCUAUGUUUGCUGCUUUUGGCCCUGUUGCAAGGAUUGUAAUUUUGACAUGCAUUAAUCUUUUAUUUUGCACUUUUAUGGGUGACAGUUUUUAGUGUAACCUUUGGUAAAACACUCAAGUGACUUGGACUUAGAUGCUUAUCCUCAAUUCCUUGUUACCCCUUUUGUAUUAACAAACUACAAUUUAUAGUUUACAGUUUUAGAAAGUUAUGCCUUUUUCUAGUAUUUUAUUUUCAAUCUAGGUUAUAAGAUUGUUCUUCUAUACCUCCAACUAAGGUGCCUUUUUAAUUUCUACAGUCUUGUGGGUCUUAUUAAUGUUGGAAAAUCAUGUACUUAAUGUCAUUGUUCUCACUUGUAUUGGUCUCCCCAUGCAAGGACCUAUGCGCUGUAGCCAUAGGAGGCUCUCUGAUUGGGCCUCAAGGGUGAGGCUACUGGUCUGAUAUUAAAUGAAUCGGCAAUAGGUGUUGGGAUAGCUGAUUUCAAAACAUUCACGUAUCAAAGACUGUUCUCUCCUUAUCAUCAAUGCAUUUUUUCUAUUUUUUUAGUAUCUACAUGGAUGCUAAUCUCCCAGAACACAAUCUUCUAAAGGAAAGAUGACAACUCUAAAAUAUCCAUUUAAUCAAUCAUGAUUUGGCUUUGAGUACUAUUAACCACCUUUUCUAGGGAAUAGUCAGAUGGACAUUUAGUAAUGGCACAAGAAAGCAGAAAUUAUUUUGAAAAGAAAAAUGACCUAAUGUACCUAAUCAGAAAAAGAAGCUUUGUUUUCUAGUGCCUUUGUAAGUAUCUGGAGCCAUGCCAUUCAGCUGUUAAAAAUGUUAUUUUUGAUUUGACUUUCUGCUUUGCCCUUUCUGCUUUUAUGAGGAAAAAAAAAACACAAAAAAUAUUUUUUUAGGAAAGCAUUUUGCUAUUCCUCUUGCUUUCUGUGUCAUUAUUUAUUGCUUUUUCAAAGUGCAGCCAUUGGAUGAUUUUAGUGCCUUCAGGUGAAGUGUCAUUUGUGUUUCAGCUCAGAAUUCUUUGUUGGGUAAAAAGAAUAAUUUCAGACAAGUCACCUGAGCCUUCAACGUAAGUAUUAUGUAACAUGUAUUCUAAGUUGUAUGAGCCACAUGAAAGAGAAUUAUUUGUUUAGUGAUAGAACUUAGGUAUUUUUAUCAUUCUUUAAUUAACAGGCUCAUGGCACAAAUUUAUGAAAAAGAAUUCACUCAAGUUGAAUGACAGAUACAUAUAAUCAACUUGAGUGAUUAUUUUAGUCAUCAAAUUAUUUUAUAGAUGUUUUUAGCUGCAAGUUAAAAAUUGUUUUGUUUGUAGACACCCUGUUCCAGCUUUUAGAUAUUUAGCAGGUAUUAUGUGAUUGGCUUUUUCUGUGUGUUUAAGAAGUAUUAUCUUGUGAAUGACAGUACUGAAGCUGUUAACUGUUAAGAAUUUCAUGAAGUAGAAACCUGUUAUAUUUCCUAAAGAUUGUAAAUUUUCCACCUGUGGCCUUUAAACGAAAAUUUUAUUCAGUUCCGCUAUUCUUAUAAACCCUAAGGAUAUAUGUAUAUGUAUGUAUAAUAUAUACAUAUAUUAUACAUACAUGAGAUAAAAAUUAUUAAUAAGAUGAAGACAGAAAAAGCAAAGUAAAAUUCUGGCUAACAAUAAGAAAGUAUCUCUAAAAGAAACUAUUUCAAAAAAGUACAAUAUUAAGAUUUUAUUUAAUAUUAGACUGGUUUAUAGUCAAAUUUGCAAGAAUAUCAGCACCACUACAAUAAUCACUUUUUAUAGCAGAUAGACUAUAUUAAUACAUGCCAGUUAAAAGACAGAAUCUGGGAAUACUGAAAUUGCAGCCAGUU